CUGUGCAAUGAAUUCUCUCUGGUUGGGUUCUGGGCCCUUUGGGCCGGAUACCCGAACUUCAGUUCCAUCGUUUCCCCCUGCUCUGUUCCUUUCCGUCCGUUUAAUGGAGAGGAAGUAGGAACUGUGGAGAGACGAGACAACAGAACUACCGGCUGGAACACGCCUGGAGAGGUCUGCUCUGUCGCCGUUCCCGCCGCCGCCAUGGCCCUCCACAAGAACAAAAUGAUCGGUCUGAGACUCCUGACUCGCUUCCUCAGCUCUCCGGGCCAGAAAGGCUUCCAGCACACGAAUCCUCGGACACUCGAGACCCUCGCUUUCGAAGAGGUGCGAUCAUCUUCCACAGACAAACCCCACACUUACACGGCUUUCGUUCUCCAUGGGCUCUUGGGAUCCGGACGCAACUGGCGCGCCUUCUCCCGCAACCUCGCUUCCUUCCUCUCCAAAUCCUCCCCUCCUUCUGAGUGGAGGAUGGUGCUUGUGGAUCUGAGGAACCAUGGGAAGUCUGCGGAGGUUGAAGGACUGGACCCACCUCACAACAUGUUCACUGCAGCGAAGGAUUUGGCGAAUUUGGUUAAAGCUCAAGGUUGGGAUUGGCCUGAUGUUGUUAUGGGACACUCGAUGGGAGGUAAAGUGGCGCUGCAAUUUGCCGAGAGUUGUGCUCGUGGUGAUUAUGGGGAUUCUGCUACGUUGCCAAAGCAGCUGUGGGUGCUGGAUUCUGUCCCUGGAAAGGUGAGUACAGAUAACAGUGAUGGAGAAGUAGAAAAAGUCUUGAAGACUUUGCAGAGUUUACCUUCAUCAAUUCCAUCAAGAAGCUGGCUUGUAAACCACAUGGUUGAGCUUGGUUUCUCAAAGUCACUAUCGGAAUGGAUAGGCACAAACAUAAAGAAAUCAGGGGAACUGGCGACAUGGGCUUUCAAUCUUGACGGAGUAAUCCAAAUGUUCGAUUCUUACAGGGAUACUUCAUAUUGGUCUUUGUUGGAACAUCCACCGAAAGGGAUGGAGAUAGGACUUGUAGUUGCAGAGAACAGUGACCGUUGGGAGCCGGAUGUGCUCCACCGAAUAGAAAGCCUUCCCGCAAGGGAAAGUGAUGAAUCGCAAGGAGCAUUUUCACUUCAUGUUCUUCCCCAUUCAGGGCAUUGGGUUCACGUGGACAACCCAAAGGGACUGCUUGAUAUAGUGGCACCAAGGAUUGCUUCCAUCUCAGCGUAAAUAAAGCAAGGAGGUGUCUGUUUCUAGUAAAAAUCAAGAGUUGUGUAUCUGGGGUCUGGAUUGAGAAGAUACUUUGGACAUGUCUUUUGGAUUGAACUUUUUUUGGGGGGAAGUUUAUUUCUUUGGUUGUGGGCUUGUGGCCUCAGGUAGCCUCCGGAUCAGAAGAAAAUAUAUGGCUUUGUUAAUCUUGUUUCGUUUGGAUUAAUACUUUAUUUUGGCCGAACUAUGACGGUACAAUAACCUUAGACUUGUGGUUUCAAAAAUUAACAUACUGGCCUCAACUAUGUAACACAUUGGCGUAGCCAACAAAAAAUUUUAAUGGGG